UAUACUGAUUGCAUUUGGUAGGUAUAUAACACACUACAUUCAGACUAAGACUGCAACUGUUAUUUUCUUUAAAACUCAUUUAACUCGACAAAAACCUACAGAAUACUAUUAUAAGAAUCCAAUCACAUUUGAUUUACACAGCUGUACAAUGAAGUUUAAAGGAUUAUGUACUUUGUCUGUGUUGCUCGUUACUUCUUUGAAUUUCAUUUCCGGACAUUCUUAUCAUUUGGAUCAACACCCCGAUUUUGAACCUUUGCCCGAUUUCGUAAUGGAAAGAUUUCUAGGACGAUGGUACGCCGUACAAAUGACGGCGCUGUCGAAUCGGUGUAUGAUUUUUGAUUUUGCAAGCCAACAAGAACCUAACAAUGUAAGUUGUAUAAAUUGUAGAAAUUGUGUGGACUGUGUGAACUGUAGAGAUUGCUCGAAUUGUGUCGGUUGUACAAGUUGUUUGAACUGUAAUAAUUGCAAUACGUGUGUAAGUUGUGACAGUUGUUCAAGUUGCAAUACCUGUACAAGUUGUACGGGUAUACGAAAUUGUAAUAAUUGUGUGAGUUGUACGACUUGUAACAAUUCGAACGAAUUGGAACAUAAUAUUAGCGAAAAUUCUACAACCGGAGAAGAUAAAUACAGUAAUUACCGUUAUACCGUACAACUGAAAGCCGAUUCGAUUCUGCCAUCAUCAAUGACCGUUACUUUCCCUCAGAGGAAAUCGUCUUUGGUCGUGUUUGCCACUGAUUAUGAAAACUAUGCUGGCGUGCAUUCCAGUCAAAAAAUACCUUACGGUCACAGACAUUCUGUAACCAUUCUGUCGAGAUCAAAGGUCCUAAACAAAACGCACUUAGAUCAAUUGCGCAACCGAAUAAUGUCAGUUCGUCCACAUGAACUGUCAACCGUUGACCAAGAAAAGUGUAAAGACAAUAUUACUUUUAUAACUUACUCUGUUGAAUAAACAAUUAUCUUGUUUUUUUUAACCCAUAUUAUAUACUUUAAUCGUACGUGUCUCUAUAAAUAGAGACAUAU